GUCUCUUGACAUUCACUUUACUACUUCUCUUCUCUCCUCUUCUCACACAGCUUCUUCAUCUUCAACAAAUUCUUCAUUCUCUUUUUUAAUGCUGUUUCAUACCUAACUCAUAUUCAUCCUUUCCUUGUUUUUUUUUUCUUAAUACUAGUUUUUUGGGACAAUGCCAACUUGGGUUUGAAGUAAUUUAUCUCAUUUUUUUAGACCCAUUUUUGGAAUAAUGCCAACUGCUGCUGCUGUCUGAGCUUCUUCUCCUCGUGUAUCUACUCAAGUAUUUGACGUCAAUUCAAUCCUGGGGAAUCAAGCUCAUAAUUUGACUCCAGUCUCCUUUUGAGGGAGAAUUACAAAAAGGUGUUUGGAACUAUCGACUUUUCAACGGGGUUAAAGUAUCAAGUCUACUUGCUUUUCAUACUGUUACCGUUAUAUUUGUUUUGCAGUAUCAGAUUCUUCAAUGAAUUUAAAGUACCUAAAGUAGUGAACCUCAAGUCUGUUUGAGUCUCCUUUUAAGAGUCCUCAUUUUGGAUCUGAGAACUCAUCACUAUAUAAGUACUUACACAUUUUGGGGGUCUGAAUUCCUGCUGUAGUCUUGGUAGACAGAUUUACCCGAUACCGGAGCUUGUAGGCUUUUAGCUGGUUAGUUUUGCUUGUCAGCUAACACGGACAACAACGUUAUCAAGGAAAAAAAAGGGUGUAGUCUUGGUAGACAGAUUUACCCGAUACCGGAGCUUGUAGGCUUUUAGCUGGUUAGUUUCGUGCUUGCAAGCUAACACGGACAACAACGUUAUCAAGGAAAAAAAAGGGUGUGUUUGGGCCUUGGGGGUUGACAUUGUUGUGACUUCUGGAUCUGCAGUGUGAGCUAGGGAAGUUGUGAAGCAUGAUGAGGCUUCUAGGAAGUCUCUGGAUGCUUCACCUACUAAUGUGGCUGUUUUGGAUGCCACGAUCAGGGAGCUCUCAGUUAGCUGACUUUUCUAUGGGGGCUGCACGGGCACUAGAUGCACUUCUCCAAGAUUAUGCUUAUCAUGCAUUUGAUCGGCCGAGAAUUACAACAGGUGUUAUCUAUGAUGCAAAUAUCCCCUUGAAUUUGACAGGGAUUAAAGUGUCUGGAUUGAGGCUUAGGAGUGGCAGCUUAAGGACUCACGGAUUUAAAAUGUAUAAAGAGUUCCAAAUACCUGUUGGUGUCGUUGAGCAGCCUUAUGUUGAGAGGCUUGUUCUGGUCUACCAAAAUUUGGCCAAUUAUUCUACAAAAUAUUACAACUUAUCUGGCUACAUGUACUUGGCUCCUGUAUUGGGUCUUCUCGCUUAUGAUGCAUCAAACUUGUCAGCAACUAACUUGACUGAAUUGGAUAUCAAAGCUUCCGGUCAGCCCAUCUCAAUAAGUUUUUCAGAUGUAAAGCCAUUGCCUGUUGGAUCAUCUGCAAAGUGUGUUUCAAUUGAUUUACAAGGUUCUCUGAAUUUCAGCAAUGUUUUGUCAGAUAACACAUGCACAACCUUUCAACAGGGACAUUUCUCUAUUGUGACCGAGUCAAUUGCUCCUUCUCCAGCUCCAGUGUCUCCACCAAUAAUUCAUCAUAAGGGAAAGAAGAACAAGUCGAGAGUCUGGAUAAUUGUUGGUUCUAUAGUAGGAGGACUAAUAUUGAUGUUUCUUUUAGGUCUUGUGAUAGUGUGCGCGAGGAAGUACAAACGCAAGAAGAAAAUGCAACAAAUGGAGAGGGCUACAGAGGUUGGAGAGUCAUUACAAAUGACUAAAGUCGGGAGCACAAAAGCACCGGCUGCUACCGUAACACGAACACAACCUACACUAGAAACUGAGUACAGACCCUGAUUUUUUCCCAUCUGCACUAGCUUUGCUGCUCCACAUGUCCACAUUCUUGUUUUGCUGCAGUUGCAUAUUCUUCCAACCACACCCUUUUUUCUUGGUGUUGCUUUAUUCAAUUAUUUAGUAGAGGCUUAUGAUAGCAGUGUGAAUAGUAACAUGGUUAUUGUGCAAACAAUAAUCUUUUAGCUUUCGCAUUAGCCAUUCAUAUUUGUGGUGAUUUGUUAUGGUGUGCAUUUAUUCUUUUAGCUUAUGUUAGAGUUCAUUGUGAUGAAGGUUUGUAAGAUUCAUUGACAAGAAAUAAAAUAUUGUGAUAGGA